CUAUCACGCUCUUGGAAUAGAGUGAGAAAAAGAUAGAGGGAGGUCAGGCAGUGUGGAGUGUGCUUCAUUUCUGUGUAAACUGAAACCUCAGGCUUGACUGGGGAACUGUAGGAGGACGGUAACCACCGGGGGCUGUCCACAGUCAAACGUUCACACGGCAUAUACUGUACAGCCUGAUAUCCUGGAGACACUGCAAAACAACACAACAACACAGACCUUCACUCCGCACCCAGUUGGAUUUGGAUGAGAUUUGCAAGCCCCGGAGAGAGGUCCAGGAACCUUUUGCAGAGGUUCUGCUUUGCUGAAAUGAUGUUUCUCCUCAGGUCAUAAGCUGAGAAAGUGGGAUCUAGAAAGAAAACGUGCUCCGGGGGGACUUAUUUCUAUGCUGCACAAUUUUUUUCCUGUGUGUCUUAGAACACUUCUGUUGAGCGCUGCAUGAUACUAUAUGUGCCUAAAACGCAAGGACCUUUUCAGUUUUUGGCAGACACUGAGUGCAGCACGCUGUUGUGUGAAGAAGAUUUGGCUGCAGCACCCUGAGAGGCUCCAGGAAAUGUGCUAUGACAUCAGCAGUGGUGGAGAGUGGAGGCCUGGUGUUUGACUUUACCAGUAAUGGAAUGGAGACCCAACAGCAGCAGGAGGCAGAGACGGGUCCCGGCUCCCCUGCAGUGAUCGUGGAGCCAGUCCCAAGUACCAGGCUUGACCAAGGCUAUGCAGCACAAAUAUUGGUGUAUAACGAUGAAACCUAUUUGAUGCAAGAUGUAGCAGAAGAACAGGAGAUUGAGACAGAUUCAUCAGAAACAGUCGAAGCAUCUGUUCAUAGCAGUCAUGUUCACUGCACAGAUAAGACAAUUGAGGCAGCAGAGGCAUUACUCCAUAUGGAUUCUCCAACCAGCCUGAGGGAUGAGAAGAACAGUGUCCAGGUAUUUGUGCCACCCUGUGUGUCGACUCCAGAAUUUGUUCAUGCCGCCAUGAGGCCUGAUGUGAUCACGGAGACGGUGGUGGAAGUGUCUACAGAGGAGUCUGAGCCAAUGGACACGUCUCCUGCGUUACCACUACUAGAGUCCCCAGAGCCAACUAAAAAGAAGAAAGCUGGUCGAAAACCAAAGAACCAGCAGUCUGGGUUGCCAGAUAGUCCGUCGGAACUGUCUGUGAAAAAGAAGGCUAGAGAAGGGAAGGGGAACACUACUUACCUCUGGGAGUUCCUCCUCGAUCUACUACAAGACAAAAACACCUGCCCGCGAUACAUCAAGUGGACUCAGCGGGAAAAGGGCAUCUUCAAGUUGGUUGACUCUAAGGCAGUCUCCAAGCUUUGGGGCAAACACAAGAACAAGCCAGACAUGAAUUAUGAGACAAUGGGUAGGGCACUAAGGUAUUAUUACCAAAGAGGGAUCCUGGCCAAGGUGGAAGGGCAGCGCUUGGUCUAUCAGUUCAAAGAGAUGCCCAAGAACCUCGUAAUUAUUGAUGAAGACAAAACGGAUCCUAACGUAGGAUCCUAUCCAUCUGAAAUACGAACUGAUGCAACUGGUAACUUAUCUGAGGUGAUGUCUCCAUCCUCGGAAAAUAUCGCCUCUCCCAUUGCUUCAAAAAUACUGUUGCCUUCGCGAGGAGCGCGGCACCCCGCUCACCAGAGUGUGGUGAAGAUGGGGAGGGCCACAACGGUGAAGGUCUCGUCAUCUGGUCACGGUGGAGUUUUAUCACAGGUGCCUCCAACUUCCCUUCCGGUAGUAACCACAACAGUUCCAAGCAGCAGAGCUGUUCGUGUUGCAAUGCAGGUGCCUGUUGUCAUGACCUCUUCCGGCCAGAAGUUUUCAACGGUGGCUGUUCAGUCAAUGAACCCAGUUUCAACUGUAAUAACCAGCACAAACACAACCGUCUCUACUCCAAAGGUUCUUAUCCAAACUAUCCCUACAAUGGUGCCUGCUACUACAGUAGAGAAUGGAGACAAAAUCACUAUCCAGCCAGCAAAAAUCAUCACCAUCCCCGCCACUCAGAUCACCCAGUGUCACUUACAGACAAAGUCGGGCUUGGCUACAACUGGGAGUAUUAACAUCGUUGGAGCACAGGCAGCGAUUCGGGCUCUUUCUCCUAUGUCAAUAGCAGGAGGGACACCUGUAAUGAGACUAGCGGUGCCUGCCCAGCAGUCUACAGGCCAGAACCCUGCUCGAGUUAUUACUGCUGUCUUAAAAGGGGCAGAGGUCAAGCCAGAAAGCACAGCUACAAAGGUGGGAGCAGAUCUUCAUAAUCUGCCUGUGAUAAAGGAAGAGCGUUCAGUGGAGGGUAGCAAGACUGUGACUCGCUGGGUGGUUGUCAGUGCACCCUCAGCUAUUGCCCUCCCAUUAACAAUGAAAACAGAGGCAGAAGCCACAGUGACUGGGGAGAAAUAAUGGUACAGCCGUUAGGAGAUGAAAGAUUGUCUCAAGACUUUGAGGAAUGUUUGUUUCCAGCAGGUGUCAAACUUUUUUCUCCCAUCCCAUUCUUCAUUGUGGGAUUUGAGCCACAUCAUCAAAUGCUGACGAAGAAACUGAAUAGGAACAAAUGAAAUUUCAAUGAAUUCAUUUGCAAUUAAAUGCAUAAUGAUCUAAAAGAAGGGACCACAUGUUUCACUACGUUUUCCAUCUACACUACAGAAUUCUGGAAACACUAAUAUCUUGAUGACUGGUUUGGAAUGUUUCUCUGAAAAUUGCAUAAGCUUUAAAGCACCAGUGCUGUCAAGAAUUUGUGACCUGCUCCUAACAGACAACUUCAUUGUAAGGUCCUGGCUAUGCAUUGUACUGGAGGUCUUGAGCUGAAAUGUGAUCCUAUUGAGACUGUUCAAAAAAUUACAGUCACUGAUGUUUUGGGCAGAAGACCAUUGUCUUUCUAACAUAACCUUCCAAUCUCAUCUAGUUUUGUAUUAUAAAUAUAAAACUAAUAAACCUGACUUUUGAGUAGUAACUCAUUCAUCCAUUUUAAGAGCACUAUUUAUCAUUCUUUAAUUUAAAGCUCUCUAACUUCUUUUUCCCUUGACGUUUUAUAUAGUACCCCGUUUCUUCAAUCCCCUUUGGGUAGGGAUUUUCCAUAUCCAGGAGUUGGCUGUACAGCUCUUUCCUUAAAACUAAUUUUAAUUUUAAGAAAUUUAAUUUUGAAAAAUGCUGAUAUUAAACUUUCACUUGCAAAAUGGUUCAUGUUUCUGUUGCAGAAUCAUGAUGUAAUUGAAACUGCUGACAGACAGUCAGCAUGUGGCUUGCCAGAACCUUGCAAUUCUGAAGUUUGUUAAAUUGGUUCCUUGCAAGCAAGUUGCUCGGUCUUUUGAAUUAAAUGCUGCAUAUCAUAUUUCAGAUGCAUAUCAACCUUUGCUUAAAUAACACUGUGCACAGUACUUUUAUUUCUACUGGUGCUAAGUGAAUUCUCUUAUUUAAAAAAACUGUAUAGAAUGUGAAGGAUUAAGUUGAAAUAGAAGUUACUGCUUUUAUUUUGAGAGAGAGAGAGGGGUAUGAUGUAUUUGUAGGAUUUGUAUAAUUACAGUUAGUGAGCAAUGUUAAUCGACAGCUUGAGUUUUUCCAUUUAAAAAAAUAAGCUAUGUGUAAGAACUAGCUUUUUUGUUUAAAGCUCUUUUUAAUCUUACAAAAAACACAGUAUUGUUAUGGAGUAACAUGUUAUUUUAUGGUAGUUAGAGCCAUCCAGAUACAUGGUUUGUGGUCAAGUGACAGACCUUUUGGUUAUAACCUUUUUUCUUAAAAUAAUGCCUGUGUCACUUUGCCUUGGUGUACGUAUAAACAUUUCGUUUUCUUUCAACACCACAAGGUCAUGUUCAGUCUAGCUUUGUGCAAUGAGCAGUUUUUUUUUCAGGUAGUUCUAAACCUGCUGACUUCAGUUAAAGAGGAAGUCUUGCCAUCAGGACCCAACAUUUUAUUUUAAGUAGUUGUUACAAGUAAUCAUAAUUCACAUCCUUUUGUUCCAUCAACUUUUAUAAUCACUUUUUGUUUACACAAUGAAGAACAACUUUUUUGUUUGGUAGGGGAUUUAUGAUACUGGUUAGAUCAGGUAUUGAACCUGCCCAUGAAGACAGAGGUACCAUUAGGGGCUGGAGCAUUUUUGGAUUAACAUUCAGUCACUGCUAUUCAGCUCUGACAUGGUAACUAACUCCCUUGGAUCCUGGAUUUCAUCAGUACUCACUGUUCAAUAGAAUUCAAAUCUGAAACUAAUGGACCAAAACUAGAUGUUGAACCCUCCACACCCACCUGCUUUUUAAAACUGGAUUCUGGUAUUGAACCUCCCUCCUUAAUGGGGGGGGAGAUUACCAGUGUUCUGACUGAAAAUGUUUGUACAGUUUCAACAUUUGAAGUAUAUUCUAUUUUGUUGUACUCUUGUUUCAAAGUGUAUUCAAGUAGAUUUUACCAAAAUAUAAGUGAAUCCUGUUUUGAUUGUGCUUUGGUAAAGAAAUACAAAAGUAAA